UUACGUCAGGACGUCUAAACGCAAGGACGUGGGGUUUUCGAGUUUGCGCAGUCGCUGUGUCGGCUGCGACCCUUCUGCCUGGGCGGGGAGGGGGCGACGUUGAGAUGGGGGCGGCCGCUGCGGAGGCGGACCGCACCCUCUUUGUGGGCAACCUUGAAACGAAAGUGACAGAGGAGCUGCUUUUCGAGCUUUUCCACCAGGCUGGGCCAGUAAUAAAGGUGAAAAUUCCAAAAGAUAAGGAUGGGAAACCAAAGCAAUUUGCAUUUGUGAAUUUUAAACAUGAAGUAUCUGUUCCUUAUGCAAUGAAUCUACUUAAUGGAAUCAAACUUUUUGGAAGGCCCAUCAAAAUUCAGUUUCGAUCAGGCAGUAGUCAUGCCUCACAGGAUGUCGGCUUAGCAUAUGCCCAGCAUCAUGUCGGAAAUUCAAGCCCUACCUCUACAUCUCCGAGCAGCAGAUAUGAAAGGACUGUGGAUAACAUGACACCAUCAUCACAGAUAAUGCAGAGGUCAUUCUCUUCUCCAGAAAAUUACCAGAGACAAGCAGUGAUGAACAGUGUUUUGAGACAGAUGCCGUAUGGAGGGAAAUUUGGCUCCCCACAUGUGGAUCAAUCAGGAUUUUCACCGUCAGCUCAGUCACAUAAUCAUACUUUUAACCAGUCUUCAAGCUCCCCGUGGCGCCAGGAUACACCACCAUCACAGCGGAAAAUCAGACAGAAUUCUCAUCCCUACCUAGCAGAUAGACAUUAUAGCCGCGAGCAGCGUUACGCGGAUCACGGGCCCGACCACCACUACCGAGGAAGCAGAGACGACUUCCUCUACGAGGACAGGAAUCAUGACGGCUGGAGCCACGAGUAUGACAGCAGGAGGGACAGCAGUCGGGACGGGAAGUGGCGCUCGUCUCGGCACUAGCACAUUAAGAGGACGUGCUUUUUAGGGUCCCUUUAGGCCGUUGACCAAGUUGGGCUGAAAAUAUUUAGAAAAACUACAGAGCAGCUUUUCAAGUUGCUACCUUUUUUUUUUUGUUUUUAAAUCUACAGUUUAAUACAGAAAUGAGAAGAAUUGUGGUUCCAGUUUUAUUUCACUAACCUUUCAUCUCAGGGUUUUAUGAAGAGGAAAGGGUUUAUGCAAAAGAAAGUUCCACAGUUCUUAACCAUUUAGACAGCUUCAAAAGGGUGGAUUGUGUACCAGGCAUGAUUAAAAAAAAUAGUGAAGAAAAAUUUUAUAAUAAAAGACACAUUGCUGUAACACCAUGACAGCAAUGUGGCUUUUGCUCUAAUACAUUUUUAAGAUCUAAACAUUCCUGUGUACUUUGAUCAAACAUCAUAGAUGGUUGUAUUAUAAGGCAAAUAAUUUAAUUUUUUCUACCGCAAGAAAUUUCUUGUUAAGUGAAUCCAGUUUUGUAUAUAAUACAGUGUUUAAGCUGAUGGUCUCAUAUGGCUGUCUGUUUUGUUAAUAAAUCAGAAAAUAUAAUUUUUCAGUGAUUUGUUUUAUUAACAGUUUUGGAAAAUUGGUUGUUGGUGGAUAAAUCAUUUUGGUUAACUUAGAGAAUUUAAGUAUAAAUUCUGUGACAUGCUCUUUGUAAAUUUGUAUAAGUAUAAAUUUACAUGCUAUUCUGAAGUUUUAGAAAUGUUUCAUUAAAUCAUGUUUGAUGUAUGACUGGUCACUCAGGAAAUUAAUUAUCUGUACAUGAAAUAUCGUAUGUGUAUAUUUUUACAUGGAAAAUUACAGUAUUAAUGUAAAUUCCCUUUUUCAGGAAGAACAAAAAUAUCAAUGCACACUCAGAUAAAAUGGUAAAACAUUUUACUGAAAGCAUUCUUUUUGGAAAAAGAUUCCUGAAAUCGUUAUGUGCUGCCUCUCUCGCUCAAACUUCAGAAAUUUUAACAUUUUACAAGUGCCCAAGACAUGUGUACCAAGGGCACAUUUUGUUACAGAGAUUGUACAAGUUGAAUUUUGUUCAAACAUUGGGAAGAAUUUAAUGUUAACAUUUUUCUGCUUUUAAAAUCUUAAAAGUUUCAUGAAUCAAGAUACUAUUUCUCUUUCAUUGCAAAAUUGUUUAUAAAAUUCAUUCAUCAAAAAUUUGAAUCUUUUUAUAACUAAUCAGCAUUUGUACUGUUACUUUGUAAUAUAUUAAAAACAAAAAGGAGA